AAGCGCCAGUAUAGGUACUGAUUGAAAUGACAUCGUUUUAGAUUGGCGGUCUUAUGUUCAGAAGACGAAAAUUUCGCGCGACCGAAAUGAAAAAUGAAAACUUUUUCCGUAUUCCCUCAUAUCCUCCCUCAACCCUAGACUCCUCUCAAACCCUCCCUCAAAUCCUAUCUCUGGUUCAUUGCGAAGCAAUAUCUGCAACAAUAUCUCCCUCCAACGCUCCCUCAAUCUCUGUCAGAUCUGGACGUUUAGUAAAGGAGGAGAAGAAGAAAAGUCGUGUCCUCUCUACUCCUGAAGAUAAACACACCUCUCAAAUCUGACGAAUUCUGAGAUAUAUAUCAAUUGGGAUAUGUCUAAUCAAAUGCAUGUACAGAGGAAGAGUGAGCAAAAUAAAAAGAUUCGUUCAAAACAAACUUUGCUCCAUACUGCUGGUACAAAGAGCUUUGCGCGAGUUGCUGCUGAGAUGACUAAAAUAGAUGGUGUGGCUCCUUCACGUGCCAAAUUAUUUAUCAAGACACACACACGUAAGGAUGGCAGUAUUCUCACUGAAGACACUCGUGAAAAGAUACAAAAGAUUGAAGAGAAAAUCACUCAAGAUCCAAAUGUUGGGAUCUCAAAUGAAGAUGACAUAGGUUGGAGCAAGGAUGAUGUUUAUUCUGAAGUCUAUGGAGAUGAAAGAAAUGGUCGUGUUAGGAGUCUGGGUCAUGGCCCUACUCCAUCUCAAAAAAAUUGUUAUGUCCCUCGUUCAUUAAAAGGUGUUUCUAUCAUUUCAUCAUCAACGAGUAGCAGACAAUCUGCUCAAGUGAUGGAACUUACGGAUCGACUAGCAUCAUUGGAGGAUAAGUUCACCAGAUUCAUGGAUGCAUUUCAAUCUUAUGCUGUUAGACAUGGUGAAUCAAGUGAGCAUGUGGUAACUCCAGAGACCCAUCUUCGUUCUUCAAGCUCUAGUCAUGAUCCUGUCAAUCAAGUUGCACGACGAAACUGAUAGGGCAUUUGAAGAUCUAGCUAUUUUGGACCGUGCAUGCAUAACAACUUUGAGAAGGACUUCUGAAGAUCAAUUUUGGACUUUGAAGCUGGAUCUACUAAAACGACUGAUGUUUUAUUCCAAUUAAUAUGUUUUCUUAUACUUUGAACAAUAUAUGUACGUGAUAAUAUAUAUAUAUAUUAUAUGCUCAAUAGCAAUGGAAGUUUCUUCAAGUUA